GAGCGUCACUGCCCGGCUGCCUCCUGGGCGCCCCCUGCUGGGGAUGAGCCCGCAGCCGGCCUGUGCCCGGCCGGGAGCGACCCGAUGACCUCUGGAUGGGUCCAUGCUCAGCCAGCUGGGCCGCACCAGCCAGGCCCGGUCUAAGGUUUAUUAUGUAGCUGUUUUUGUUGUUGAUACAUAGUUUUCUUUGAGGUAAAAUGUAUUGGGAGCUAAGGACCUUCUCAAUCAUGCAUGUAAUUCUGCAUUUUAUUUCAGGAGUUAUUGGACCCUGAAGACAGUCCCCGGAUCUCGGGUUGACAGUCUGUAGUCUCAUCUGGACCGCGGGUAGCUGAUUGGCGGCCUUGCUCCUUGAAGGACACGAUGUUUUCCAAACUGGCUCGUUCCCAGACCGUGGCCGUGCUUCGCCGGGGAGCGCACUCGUCGGUGGCCUCUGCUGCGUCGGUUGUGACUAAAAAAACAGCCCAAGGCCCCGUGUCCUCUGACUAUGUUUUCGAGCGGGAAGCGAAGUACGGCGCCCACAACUACCACCCCCUGCCUGUCGCCCUGGAGAGAGGAAAAGGUGUUUACCUGUGGGAUGUGGAAGGCAGGAAAUAUUUUGAUUUCCUGAGCGCUUACAGUGCCGUCAACCAGGGCCAUUGUCACCCAAAGAUUGUGGACGCUCUGAAGAGCCAGGCGGACAAGCUGACCCUGACGUCGCGCGCCUUCUACAACAACGUCCUCGGGGAAUACGAAGAAUACGUGACGAAACUCUUCAACUACCAGAAGGUUCUCCCGAUGAAUACAGGAGUGGAGGCCGGAGAGACCGCCUGCAAGCUUGCCCGGCGGUGGGGCUACACGGUGAAGGGGAUCCCGAAGUACAAAGCCAAGGUUAUCUUCGCAGCUGGGAACUUCUGGGGCAGGACUCUGUCUGCGAUCUCCAGUUCCACAGACCCCAGCAGCUACGACGGCUUUGGACCCUUCAUGCCGGGUUUCGAAAUCAUCCCGUACAACGACCUGCCUGCCCUCGAGCGUGCUCUUCAGGACCCGAACGUUGCCGGGUUCAUGGUGGAGCCGAUCCAGGGUGAGGCGGGCGUUCUUGUCCCGGACCCGGGCUACCUGGUGGGCGUGCGCGAGCUCUGCUCCCGGCACCAGGUUCUGUUUAUCGCGGAUGAAAUACAGACGGGACUGGCCCGAACCGGCAGGUGGCUGGCCGUCGAUCACGAAGACGUCAGGCCUGACCUGGUCCUGCUCGGGAAGGCGCUGUCCGGUGGCUUGUACCCGGUGUCUGCGGUGCUGUGCGAUGAUGAAAUAAUGCUGACCAUUAAACCCGGGGAGCACGGGUCCACAUACGGGGGCAACCCCCUGGGCUGCCGCGUGGCCAUUGCGGCCCUCGAGGUGCUGGAAGAAGAGAACCUCGUGGACAACGCGGACCGGAUGGGCGCCCUCCUGAGGAAUGAGCUCAUGAAGCUGCCCUCGGACAUCGUGACGGCCGUCAGGGGGAAGGGGCUGCUGAACGCCAUUGUGAUCAGAGAAACCAAAGAUUACGACGCUUGGAAGGUGUGUCUGCGGCUUCGAGAUAACGGACUUCUGGCCAAGCCCACCCACGGCGACAUCAUCAGGCUUGCGCCCCCGCUGGUGAUCCGGGAGGACGAGAUCCAGGAGGCCGUGGAGAUCAUCAACAAGACCAUCCUGUCCUUCUGAGGGCGGCGCCUCCCGGGGCGGGGCCCGCUGGAGACGGCGGCCGGCCGCGUCCCAUUAAAACUCUGCGUUGCUGCUCUCAGCGCAGGCACAUUCCACUCCCCUGUGUCUCUAAGGACUGUUUUUUAAAUAUGUUUUUUUAGUUCACACAUAAUAGGUGAGAUUUGUAAUCAUGCAGUGUGCUGUGUAAGAGAAGGCGGUGGGUUCUAGACCCGACUGCGUAUUUUGUGUGCUACAGUGACAUGCACCGGUCUGUAUCUUUAAUCAGCAUGUAUAAUUUAUAUAGGUUUUUAUCGUUUCCUUGCUGGUGUGAAUGUAUUAUAUUUCAAAAAGUUGUAUGGGGUUUUACACAGAAGACUGGUUUAACCUUAUAAAGUUUAAUCAAUCAUUGAAUUUUAGGAAGGAUUAAAUGGUUACGCUUAUAAAGAUGUUAGCCAACACCAGGACGUGUCAUGAUUUUGAAUUAAGAAUUAUUACUGUUCAACGUUCCCAAAUUAUGUCUUAAGCGUUGAUAUAAUUUGUAAAAAAUUCAGUUUUCCUUUAAAUUUAAAAUAAAGUUUAUAUUUAAAACCCCUGUUUUGUGAUCCGUGUGUCGUUACCAGCGUGGGGUGUCUCUGAUCGCCUAACACUUCAAGGCC